CCUCCCCGCCCCGCCCGCCGGACUUCGGCCCUUCCGCGCCGCGCGGUGCGACCCGCGGAGCUCCGCCAUGGCCAAGUUUCUGUCCCAGGAUCAAAUUAAUGAGUUCAAGGAGUGCUUUUCGCUCUACGACAAGAACCACAAAGGGAAGAUCAGGGCUGCAGACCUGCUGGCUGUGAUGCGCUGCCUGGGGGUCAGCCCCACGCCGGCUGAGGCGCAGCGGCACCUGCACCUGCACAAGAUCGAACGCAAUGCAGAGCUGGACUUCUCCACCUUCCUCAACAUCAUGUACAGGCAGAUGAAGCAGGAGGAGCCUGAGAAGGAGAUCCUGACGGCGCUGGCCAUGAUUGAUCGGGAGAAGCGAGGGCUGAUCUCUGCUGCUGAGCUGCGGGCAAAGCUGACACGACUGGGGGAGAAACUGUCCGAGGAAGAGGUUGAUGACCUGCUGAAAGAAGCCAAAAUCGGACCAAAUGGAACAAUCAAAUACGAAGAGUUCACCCGCACCAUUUGUCUCCCUGCAGUCGAUUACUGACAGCAGGAGGGGUUUGUGAGCAGCAGGACCUGCAACUUCUCUUCACUCCAUCUUUCCUCAUCACCACCUGCACUCAGGAACCAUCAUUUGCCUUUGGGAGCCCAGGGGUUGCCUUGGCUGCACUUCCCCAGGUCCCCACCCCAUCCCCAGAGAAACGCUCUCUCAAAAUGUGAGCUGAUAUUUAAAUAAACGAGGUGUGAUGUUC